UCAUCCACCCUUGUCCAGAAAGGACAUCAGAAUUUUUGCCUGCUGAACUUCUUUUCCCCAAAAUUGUCUCUUCUUAGCUCCAUUUUCUUCCAUGAUGAGUUGGAUGAAGUGUUGUGUGUUCCCCCUGGUGCUGCUGUGCAUGUGGCAGCUGCAAGAAGGAGCACACGCCUGCAGUUGUCCUCUCACGCAUCCACAGACCGCCUUUUGCCAGUCAGGUGUCGUCAUCAGGGCAAAGGUGGUUGCAAAAAAAACCGGCGUUGGUAAAUAUAACGACGUCAAGUAUGACAUCCAACACAUUGCGACAUUCAGAGGCCCUAAGAAGCUCUUUGGUACCAUCUACACUGCAUCCAACUCUGCAGCAUGUGGUGUGAGUCUGACCAGAGGUGUAGAAUAUUUGAUCACAGGGCGAAUGAGAUCUGACGGGUCUCUGUACAUCUCAUUGUGUGACUACAUUGUUCCCUGGAAAAGCAGCCACACGAUCCUGGUGGAGCGUUAUUCAAUGGGCUGUGAUUGCAAGAUCACUCGCUGUGAAUCUGUCCCGUGUGGGAUCAGCGGCCCGACUGAGUGCUUGUGGACGGAAAAGCUGUUUGGUGAUUCAGGGCAGGACAAACAAUGUGCGUGCAUCAAGAGAAGAGAUGGUUCUUGUGUCUGGUACAAGGAGGCCGCCUCACCCACAAAGGGUUAAUGGAUUAAAGACUCCAAAAUCCCCACCUUGCAGGAAAAAAAAAUAAAAAUCACAACUAUUUAAAGCAA